UAAUGAUAUCAUUUAAAUCUUAUGUUUGAAUUGUAAUCAAAUUCAAACUCGGUAUACACAUUUUGAGAGGGAAAUAUGUAGAAAAAAUGAGCGUAGACCGAAUUUUGCAUGUGAGGGUGUACAUGUUUUGUUCAUGACUGCAUGUGGAUGGGCACGUUAACAACAUUGUGUACAAAGGUUGAUUGGACAUACGAUUUUAUGUAAGAUUACUAAAUAUAUUCAUUCAGUGAGAAAAUAGACAUUAUUAUUCAAAGGAACAAUUGCAGCAACAAAACUAUUGUCAUUCUCAAAAGGAGUAUUGCUGUAUGUGUGAUUUAUGUAGAUCCCCAGUGGAUGUGUAUCGACGAAAUCCAGUCUCGAAGUCGAUAUGCAAUCCAAAGAGUCGACAACCAUUCGCAGAGCCGUCGUCGUCGUCGUCGUCUAUUAUGUGAUCUUCUCAGUUAAGUGCAGUACAUUAGCUGAGCAUUUACAGGAGGAAGACGACUAAACUCAAAAUGCAUCCCAACUUACCUAACUUACAAAGGAUACAAUUGUCUCCACAUCAUGUUAUUCCCGGGAGGAGAUUCAAACGAGCUGUCAUGCCAAUCCUCUGUGUCCUCAUGUUCGUAGUUCUAAUAGUUAAGGAUCGUCCUCCAGCAAGCGCCCCGGAGCAUCACACCAAGAAAAACAGCGAGGACAUUUUCGGCUUGGCUAAGAAAUCCUUUGUCGAUGGUAUUGAUGAACCCACUUUGAAUACUCCAGCUACACAUAAACUUAUCACAACUUUAAGAGGGAGCUUCUUUCUGGGUGGAAAUGGCCAGAAAAUCGUUUCGUCCCAGAUUAAGACAUCACUCCUCUACACAUUUUACCCUGACGUCACUGAUUCUGUCCGUGCUAUGUUUCCUAACGUUAGAGGACCAAACACUCCUAACCAAUAUUUCGUUAUAAGCCCCGCCAUAGCUUUCUACAAGGGGGAAAUUUGGACCUUAUUAAGAGUUUGGCUCAACUACGAACGCCUAAAAGAUACUAAAGAAAAGCAGUAUAAUGUUUGGCAAGACAACUAUUUGUAUAUGCAAAGAUUUAACAACGAAAUGAACCCUACAUCAUACGGGUCCCUAUUAGGAAUUCCCGUACCUAAACAGUACAUGAGGAAUGCUGGUACUGGAGACCCUAGAAUUUUUGAAUUUAAGGGGGACUUAUACGCCUUUUAUUAUAUGCCUAUGAAUGUUGAUGGAAAAGAAUGGGGCAAUAUGUUCAUGUGGAACCUCAAUAAAAACUAUGCUUUGAAACCACAGAUACCAGGCUUCGAAAUGAAUAAGAUUGAUUCAAAUUGGUCGCCAUUUGUUAAAGAUGACAAACUAUAUUUCCUCUAUUCAUAUGAUCCUGUGAGAAUACUUCAAUGUACAGAUAAAGCCGAGUGUCACUUUAUAGGUGACGCUUCCGGAAUCUCAAAUGCACCAUUUGAUUGGAAGCAUAACUGCCUCCGAGGCGGAACUCCGUUUCAAGUUUACGAAUACCCGUAUUACAUCGCUAUUGCUCACACAAGAGUCCUAACGAGGAAAGGAGAGUCAUUCUACGGUGUUCAUCUUGUCAUACUUAACGUGGAUACAUUCCGAGUGCUGUACGUAAGCGCCCCAAUUAAAAUUCACGGAAGCAUUUUACGAAGUGCAUCUAUAGUCAGAAACAAGUACAUCAAAGUUCCAUUUUUCUAUCCUCUGAGCUUUAUAAUCGAAAACAAAAAUAGCCUAGCGAUGGGCGUGCACAUAAACGACCACAGGGCAAUAAUAUUGAGAUUAAAUGGUAUAGCUCCAAUAAUAAACACAGUGAUUUACUUGGAUAAAAAGUACAAACCAAGUACGCCUAUAACUACAGACUUGCUCCAUAAAUACGCUACGGUCUCAAUGGAGCUACCCAACGAGGUACGAUACCCUUAUAAAGGUAUCAAACUAUAAAACAAGAAAUAUUUACUUUAACUAGGAAAUUAUUCUAUCAGCAUUGAAGAAAUCUUACUUCAUUCACUAUGAACUAUUUACAGUCCCAAUGCCACUGUAUUUGACCCUUUCUCAUUCGAUAUACAUAUAUUUAAAUGGAUAUGAUUAUGGAAUGAUUGCAUUGAAAUAUACUGUUAUAUCAAUUUUCUCUUCAUAAUUAUUGUUUUGUGUAGCAUUCUUACCACUGUAAUAUGACUGUUGAAACUUUAGAAAGAGCGUUGAUGAAUUUCAGAGUGUGCU